AUGGAUAGCUUAAAUGUGCCACCGAGUCACCCGCCUCCACCGCCUCCUAAAAGACCUGAAAAACCCAAGAUAACCCUUCAAAUACCGCCGCCAAACCAAAAUCGAGGUCCUAAUACGUCAACAUCAAUUUACUGGGGUCCUACGAAUACCAAAUACUUCGGAAAAAUACCUCCAACCCCGGCUUCACAUAUAUCUGAUCCGCAUGUAAAUCCCUACUUUAACCCUUUUAUGCACAUGUACUCGAAUAAGGCGUCGGACUUUAUGUUCAAACAAUUUGAAGGUUUUAAGGAUUUUACUAUGAACACGGCAAAGAGUGGGUUAAGUGCUGGUGAGAAAAGUGCUUUCUGGUUUUACAAUAAGUUGAAAUUGCUAUCAAAAAAGUGGUUCACGCAUUUUUUCUUGACUGUGUGUUUGGUUCUGUACAGCAUCAUGGGUGCAGCUAUGUUCAUGGCGUUAGAAGGUCCUAACGAGGAGAAGUAUGACAAGAACAUUACACAAAUACGAACAGAAAUUGCGACAAAAAUACAGAACAAUUUGAUACAGAAUCAAACUCUAAUAAAGAGCAGUCCACAUUUUAUCGCCUUUAUUGAAGAGAGGCUUGUGGAGUACCAGGAGAGCUACAAGGAGUACGUAAAGCAUGUCAACACCGAUGACACUAAGAAGACCACUUGGACUUUUUGGAAUUCUAUGUUCUACGCUGGAACUAUUUAUACAACUAUAGACAUAUAUCAACACAGAAUAUUUGAUUAUAAACACUCUUCUGACUAA